CCUCCAAUUUCUCACAUACUCAACUUCCUCCCUCCUCCUUCGAUCUCACUACCUCAGAUCCCCCUGCCGCCGCUCCUUCUUCUCUUUCCGAUUGAGAUCGACGAGUUGUAGCCUGAUUUCCGAGAUACAGAAUCGCCGGAAGUUAAGAUGUUCGGUUCUACGAGCCCUUUUGGGCAGUCAUCUAAUAGCCCGUUUGGGUCCCAAUCAGUCUUCGGGCAAAGCAGCAACACGAGUAACAACAAUCCUUUUGCUCCCCAGCCCCAGCCCCAGCCCUUUGGUAGCACUAACGCCUUUGGCGCCCAAACAGGGAGCUCGCUAUUUGGGGGAACUUCUACUGGCGUAUUUGGUCAAACCCAAUCCUCACCUUUUGGUGCUUCAUCUUCGCCAGCUUUUGGACAGCAGAGUUCUCCAUUUGGUGCAUCUUCUACUCCGGCAUUUGGUGCAUCUUCAACUCCGGCAUUUGGUGCAUCUUCUACUCCAGCAUUUGGUGCAUCGUCUGCUCAAACAAGUCCGUUUGGUGGAGCUUCCGGUUCAUCUGCUUUUGGCCAGAAGCCUGCUUUUGGAGCAUUUGGGGCGAGUCCUGCUCAAACAAGUCCAUUUGGAGGCACAGCUCAACCAUCACAGCCAGCAUUUGGAAGCAAUAUGUUUGGUGCCACCUCCUCACCUUUUGGUGCAAGUCAGCCUGCAUUUGGCACUAAUACUACCUCAGCCUUUGGUUCAACAAAUACCUCAGCUUUUGGUAGCCAAGCCACCCCUGGUUUUGGUAGCCAACCCACUCCAGCAUUUGGGGCUACAAGCACUUCGCCUUUUGGUGGUACAAGUACGGCCUUUGGUGCCGUCAGUACUCCCGCAUUUGGCUCAACACCAACUCCUGCAUUUGGGGCAACAAAUUCCAGCUUGUUUGGAACUGGGGCGGCCUUUGGGACGACUCCAAGCACCCCAGCAUUUGGUCAAUCUAGCUCAGCUUUUGGCACAACAACAAGUUCUCCUACUUUUGGCCAAUCAAGUUCAGGCUUUGGCUUUUCAGGUGCUCCUGCAUUUGGCCAAUCGAGUUCAGCCUUUGGUAGCACACCAUUUGGUGCGUCAUCUCCUUUCGGAGGGCAGAGUUCUCCAUUUGGUAAUGCAGGGGCUCAGGCAGCAACACCAACACUUGGAAACAAUGCCUUUGGACAGUCAACAUUUGGGGCCCAAGCUGCCCAACGGGGUGGAAGUAGAGCAACUCCUUACACAAGCACAUCUGAACCAGAUAGUAACGGGAUCGCGAAAUUGGAGUCCAUAUCAGCAAUGGCAGCCUAUAAAGAAAAAAGUCACGAGGAACUGAGAUGGGAGGAUUACCAGUUGGGCGAUAAAGGUGGACCGUCUGCUGCUGGUGGGGGUGGCUUUGCAUCACCUGUGCAGACAAAUCCUUUGAAUCCUAAUCCUGCAACAUCGUUUCCUCAAACAUCUUCAAGUCCUUUUAAUACUUCAACCUCACCUAGCUUAUUUGCUCCGAAAACCUCAUCCUUCCCUUCUACUGGUUUUGGUGUUACUUCAUCUUCACCAUUUAGUUCUACUUCACCGUUUGCCUCAUCUUCAACUCAAACAAAUUUUUUUUCACCUGCAUCAUCAACAUUUGGUCAAACGGCGGCUCCAUCUCCUUUUAGUUCAACGCCUUCCUUUUCAUUCUCUACCCCGGUUACAUCAUCCACUCCCUCAUUUAAUUUCCCCACUCAAUCAAACCCACAGACACAAUUUGGUCAAACAAGCACUGGCUCAUUUGGGCUGAAUACAUCUACCUUUGGUUCAAACCUGUUUAAUAAUACAUCCGGUUUGCAGAGCAAUUCAUUGGGCACUACCAGCAACCAACUGGGUAUUAGUCAACCAGCUCCCGCUUUUCCUAAUUUCCAGACAUCUCAGCCUCUUCAGACUAAUCCGUUUAGCUUUAGCAACAACACUUUUAGUCAACCGCAGCCAGGCAACACAGCCUUUGGUGGUUUAGCAGGCAUAUCUGGUCCGAGCAACUUUGGGCAAUUGUCUGUGGCUCAAGGUUCUGCAGCUGUACAACAACCAGUACCUGCCACAAAUCCAUUUGGAACACUCCCCACAAUGCCGCAGGUGUCAAUUGGUCGUGGUGGUUCUGCCCCCUCAAUUCAAUAUGGAAUUUCAAGCAUGCCUGUCGUUGACAAACCUGCUCAUGUUAGGGUGACAUCCAUCCUGACUCCUCGACAUCUUUCACAACGCCGGAUUAGAUUACCUGCAAGAAAAUAUAAUCCUAAGAAUGAUAACCCAAAGGCUUUUUUUAGUGAUGAUGAAGAAACUCCCACCACACCCAAGGGGGAUGUUGUUUUCCAUCCCAGGGAAAACCCAAGAGCACUUGUCAUUCGUCCCCAAGAACAGUGGCCUCUAAGAGCUAGUGCUGAGAAAUCAACGGCACAGAAGAAUACAGCUGCUCCAGUCCAUGAGAAUGGAAAGAAUCCAGGGGCAGCACUCUUUGUGGGAGCCAACUCUGCAGAUAAUAAUGAACCAGAAACUUUGCAAGAAAAUGGUCCUGUCAAGGAGCAUUUAAGUCAUGUCAAAGCUAACCAGAAACAUAAUGGUGUAUAUGUUGAUCACACCAUUCAGAAAGGGGACUCACUAAGUGGGCACAGAGCUGGCGAGGCUGCUAUAGUAUAUGAGCAUGGUGCUGACAUUGAGGCACAAAUGCCGAAGCUCCGACGCUCUGAUUACUACACAGAGCCUAGAAUCCAAGAACUCGCAGCAAAAGAAAGGGCAGACCCAGGGUUCUGCUGCCGUGUGAAGGACUUUGUGGUUGGGCGACAUGGUUAUGGCAGCAUAAAGUUCUUGGGUGAGACAGAUGUAAGGCGCCUUGAUCUUGAGGGUCUGGUGCAGUUCAACAAUAAGGAGGUAAUAGUGUACCCUGAUGAGAACAAGAAACCUCCUGUUGGGCAAGGACUUAAUAAACCUGCUGAAGUAACACUUCUCAACAUUAAAUGCAUUGAGAAGAAGACUGGGUUUCAGUAUACAGAAGGACCAAAAGUUGAGAAAUACAAGGAGAUGCUGAAGAGGAAGGCUGAAGAACAGGGUGCCAAGUUUGUCUCCUAUGACCCGAAGAAGGAAGAGUGGACGUUCAUGGUUGACCACUUCAGUGGGUACAAUCUGAAAGAUGAAGACGAAUGUGAUGUGGAUGCUGCCGAAGAUUGCUGACAGGAUUGAGUCGAGUCGAGGAAGUGUCUGUUUGUUUUUGGCCAAGGGUUGAUGACAAUUGAUUUUGGACCUGUAUAGAUAUUAGGCUUGUGGUAUAGCUGCUCACGCCUUGGUCAGCCUGUGUGGUUUAGUGUUUUCAUUUAUUUUUUGUUCGCCCUCUACUGAUCUGGACGCUGUAGGGUAAGCCUCAAAUUUCUGGUUCAUGUGGAAAGUAGAUCGAAGAGAUUUUAAUGUAUUUGAUUGUGUAGAUGCUUCAGUGCUUUAAAUCCAUUGGGCAUUUGUUUGAGCCUCCA